UUUUAACCUCACUAGAAGGUGUACAAUGUUUACAUUCCGAACUUAAGUGAAAAUAAAGCGUGUGCGUUAAUUUAAAUAUCUCAUCAGCCAAUACUGACAAUCUUAUUUCGAGAUAGGACGAGUAAUUAUGAGUUUAGUUAAAACUGGAUAAAGAUGUUUAAUGUUUAUCUAACAGGGUGGUUAAAGAUAACAGAGAGAGGACUUCAUGUUGACAGUUGAAAGUGUAUGUUUAUGAAAGUUUAGUUGUUUAGACGGAUUCACCAAAAUAUCAAUGGUCGAAGCAAUCAAACAGUUUUAAAAUGGCGAAUUCUCGCGAGAUUUAUGACGUUAUAGUGGUGGGAGCUGGAAUAGAAGGGUCUUCUACCGCAUACCACUUAGCUAAGGCCGGAAAACAAACGCUACUGCUAGAACAGUUCCCAUUGCCCCACAGCCGGGGUUCCUCCCACGGUCAGUCGCGGAUUACCAGGAAGGCGUACGGUGCCAAGGACUUCUACACACGUAUGAUGUUCGAAUCCUAUGAGCUCACGACAGAGCUGGAGAAGGAAUGUGGGAAGCAGCUUUUUAUAAACUGCGGUACCCUGGUGUUCGGUCGCCCGGAUGACCCUUUCACGUCAUGUACUGAAGAGUGUCUGCAGCGCUUCGGGGUUCCCUUUGACAAGAUGGACAGUGUAGAACAGCGCCGCCGCUACCCGAGCAUGGCGUUUCCGGACGACUUUAACUUCAUACUGGACAAGUCUGGUGGAGUGCUCAGGGCGGACAAAAUGCUGCAAGCGUUUCAGGCCCAGUUCGUGCGUUUCGGGGGAGUUUUGAGGGACGGGGAGCCCAUGGUGGACCUCCAUCCCGGGGAUGAGGUCACUGUGAGAACCCGGGAACACGUCUAUAGGGGCCGUAGUGUGGUGCUCGCCCUUGGUCCCUGGGCCGCAACCUUCCUGCCCUCUAUCGGAGUCAACAUUCCCUUGGAGCCUCUCAAGAUUACCGUCUGCUACUGGAAGGAGAGCGGCUCGGACACAUUCUGUUCUUCCAAGUUUCCCACCUUUAUCACUGAAAACGCGAUGGGAGACGGGCACAUUUAUGGACUUCCGGCUGAAGAGUAUCCAGGCUUGGUUAAGAUCUGCCUGCACACGGGCCCCAGGAUCGACCCGGACAAGAGGGACGCUGUUGAUAACCAGUGGGUAAUGGACAAGAUCAAGGCAAUCAUCGCCACCCACUUUCCCACCCUCGAGAGGGAGCCCCGGGUAGUUGAGACCUGCAUCUACACGAACACACCAGACUAUGAUUUUGUUUUGGACCACCAUCCGGUCUGGAAAAACGUCGUCAUAGCUGCUGGAUUCUCAGGUCACGGGUUCAAGCUGGCCCCGGUGGUUGGUAAGGUGCUGUCCCAGAUGGCCACGGGUCAGAAACCCAGCUAUGACAUGUCGCCUUUCAGGAUUGACCGCUUCUUCAAGAACAAACUAUAAACUCCUCGGACUUGCUGUCGGUGUGGGCUAUUCGUCUUCUUUGUUGCUAUUUAUUAUUAUAUAAGUAAAUGUCGGUGUAGCAAAGGCGUUUAUAAAUAUAUACUGAAAUAGAGGGAUUUGUUAUUUUCUUUUACCAAGCACCUUUUCUAAAGAACUCGUCUGAAUCGCAGGAAAGUCAUCAUUCUUUCAUGCCCUCUUUAAGGCUAUUCGUGUCUACAUUUUCACUCACAACUACUUUACAAAUGUUCGUUAUUUCUCAUGAGAAUGCAUUGUAGUUUUUAGAAACCUUUAGGUUUUAGGUACUAUGAUAGACGUUGUUUUCGAUGUCGUUAACAAAACACAAUUAACACAAUCCAUCUCAAUUACUUAAAUAUGUUAUUUUCUAGUACUGGUAGAUGUUUAAUCGUGUGUUGAUAUAUCUGGAGUUACCUCGCUUUCAUCACGGAGGUGUUCGCGUUUUCUAUACAGUCUCUUCUGGAUAAAAAAUAAUAUACAGUGUGUUUAGUCUAUUAUAUCAAUAUGAUGUUGUUUACCUGCUCUCUUGUUAUUAUUAUUUGAAUUACUCAUUAUUCCCUGCAUGCAUGUAUUAUACUAUGAAGUUGUUAUCACGAUGAGCUGUAAUAUGCGUAAGUGAAUAAAAUACUUGUUCUGUUC